AUGCGAAAUGCGGAUGUGAUCAGUUUCACGACUGCCUACGAUGUUCCCUACACGGUCUUCUUCACCAACAGCGAAGACCAGAGCUGCUCGAAUCAGAACUUGUUGCUGAGCGAGCCGUUAGUCUUUACCCAGUUGAGCCGCGUGGACGAGACGUACGACCGUGCGCUGUACUGGUCGGAGUUGCCUGUGAACUUCACCACCUCCACGCAGGGCGAAGAUUACUACGCUUGCAUUAAGUUUGGCGACGAGGAAUUCUAUCACUAUGGCUUGAACAUCGAUUACGAGUACCGUGUGCGCGUGUAUGUGAAGGGAGUGUAUGAGUUCUCUGCUCUGACGGAAGGUGUUGCGAGCGAUCUGAUCGUCGCCGAUAAGGAGAAGGGAUUCAGAUUCAAGGUGGGCAGCGGCGAUAGUAAGAGCGAGCGCAUCAUGUGGAUAUUGGAGUCCGAGGACUGUGCGAGCUAUUCCUCGAGUGCUGUCGCUCCUACUCCUUUCCGCAAUAUGACUGACACGCUGUCCGUCACCGUGUCCAGCGACUUUGCGCAGAAGACGCUGAAGAUGUGCUACUGGUUCGAUUCUGUGCUGGUGAGCUAUCCCGAGUAUCAUCUGAGUGUGCUUCAGCUCCUGCUGUUUGAGUUUAUUGAGCAGAAUCAGAACACGACUGCCAAUGCUCUUGCUGUGAUCUACCACAACAAGUAUGCUCGCGCAGAGACGCUUGUGCCUUCUUCUUACACUUCAACGGGAUUGAACGCGAUCAAAUUCGUGAGUCCCGAAGAAGACUGCAGUGCGCCUCGUCCCGUUUUCUCGCAACGGAGCGGUGGCGAUGGUGGCGAUGACGACUUUGAUUUCGUGAUCAACGAUAAUGGAGAGAUGCCUUCCUACGGUCUGCUGUGCUACCAGUUCGAGCACGAGGACUUCUACCGCUUUGAUGAGUAUUCGCUGACCGUGGUCCAGCUGCUCGGUUUGAAGGCUAGCACGGGCGCGGACUAUCGUGUUGUGGCCAACUAUUCCAAGGAUUUCACUCUCAUGUGCAACAACUGCGUUAAGAGCGACAUUCUUGCGUUUGCUCCGGAUCAUGAUGCUUGUAUGUCGGACGCUGAUAACGACCUUACGUUUGACACGCACUACAAGAAGGGCGGCAACCUGACUUUUACGUUCACUACAGACUCGAGUUUGACGCAUCUUGGAUUCCAUGGCCUGUGCUACCAGUUCAGCAAUUAUUGGGACCGAGACACCGACUCAAACAAGCUCUAUUUCUCCAACAUCCAUGUGAUCAUUGCUCACAUCGUAGAGCCCGAGGUGUCGAGUGGAAGUGUGAUGUCCAUCGUCAUGAACCAGCAGAAGACGUUUGACUUUUCGCGAUCUGUUGGUGUGUCGGCGAACGACAGCUUCACCUACAUUCCUUCGGACCAGGGAUGCCAGCCCACUUGCACUGGCGAUCGAUGCUUCACGAUCAACAGCGAGCAGACCGCGAAGGUGAUGUUCAAUGUUCACUCGAAUGACAACUUCUGGUCGAUGUGCUAUUACUUUGUUGACGAAGGAACGGGCAUCGCCUACCCGUAUAAGCUGAUGAUCCACGCGAUCUCGUCUCUGAGCUCGAGUCCUUCUGCUACUCGCGCCUUUAUCAAUUCGGAGAAGCUGGUCUACCUCAGUGGAUCGGGUAUUCGAUCCAAUGAUGAGGUGAAGUACGUCAGAGGUGACGCGGAUUGCAACAGCACUGACGAAUCCCGCAUUGUUACUGGAACUGUGGUAGCGGACGAAGAGGUGCCGUACUUCAAGGUGACCUUCACGGAGAAGACUAUGGGCGAGCAUGACCGUUAUCAUUUGUGCUAUCGGUUUGGACACGAGGAAUGGCAGGCAUACAGCGAAUACUUCAUGGAGGUGCUGGAUGUGUCUCCCGAAGAUUACCCCGAGUUCUAUUCUAGCCGUAAAGCCAUCGUGGAGCAGCGAAAGAAGAUCUAUAUCGAUGUGGCCAAUCCCGCGACGACGAGCAUCAAAUUCGUUCCGGAGGCCGCCUCUUGCUUAACGCAGGGAGCGCCUCUCGUCGUUUACUCUCAGAAUUCUACCGAGAGUGCUGAGGGACCGGUGUACCAAGUGCCGGUGCAGAUCGAUAGCGAGACGCAGAGAGGUUACAUCGAUUUUGCUUUCCUCAUCAAUUCGGCUCCCUCGUUCUUCAAGGGAUGCAUCGUGGAGGGUAGCGAUGAGUCGCAGAUCCGUCCCAUGAGUGACGACUACACGAUUAUGGUUACGGAUAUUCCUGUGCUUGGCACAAUGCAUAUCGUGUCUGGAGAUUUGAAGGACAUUAUUGUGGGAUCGCCGGAGAACCCGAAGGUGCCCGGUUUUGGUCGUCAUGAGUACGAUUUGGUGUAUAUUUCCACGGGAGAUUGCAUGGAGGAGGAGGACGGAUUCAAUGCUACCUACACUGGCUUUACGCUGGAUCGUAUUUACUACUACAAUACAUCGGACGAUGCGAUCAAUACGUACAACGUUUGCUACCAGCCUUCGCGUGAGCAGCGGAUGAUGGCCGGCACUCUCUCUGUGGUGACAAUGACGAGCGCCAUAAAUAAGCUGCUGCUGCCCGAGCACCCCGAUCUGCUUCGUGGACUUUAUCCUGAGCAAAUCGAUCUCGAGAUUUUGGGCUACAAGAAGGAGUUUGGUCCUGGCUACAUCAUGUUUAUCGAGGCCGAUAAGAACGAGUGCAAGGAGGAGUACGCAUUCAACAUUUUCCAGGAUCCAGUGCCGAAGAAGUUUAAGGAAGUGAAGGCUCAGCGGGAUGGCGGCGCUACGGUGUAUGUGAAGGCCCAUUCCGAGAUUUAUUGGGAUGCUUACUCCGUCUGCUAUAAGCAUGGAGAGGAUGACGAGUAUCAUCUCUAUCCGUUCACUUUUAACAUGUUGGUGGUCAACAACGUGACGGUGGAUCACGGAUUGCCCGACAUGUUUGUGGUGGGUCAGCCCAAGAGUUUGAAUGUGGACGGUAUCGGUUUGAAUCGCGACGAGGACGUGCUGUUCUUCAGUCUGGAUAGUGUGUACAACACAUCCUCUGUGCCCGAUCAGUCUAUCUUCAUGCAUACCCUUUCGGACCUGCCUAUGGAGCAUACGUUUGAAGAAGAGCAGGAGGAGCUGGUUUACGCAUAUGUGCUCAGUUCGAGAUACAAUAUGAUCGUGAGAGUAUUUAAUGAUGAUGUCCGCUGGGUGUUAACGAUUGCCCAGCCGCCUAUUGUGACUCCGUUGUAUGAUAUGGACAACCGAAUCGUGUACAUGGAGCCCACGACGUUCGUGGCGACGGGUACGCAUGUCUCGAACAGCGACACUGCCUCGUUCAUUCCAGCGUGGUCGUCCGAUUGCAACAUGGUCAAUCCCAACGACAUAGUCCAUGUGCAGAAUAAGAUGUUCACUAUCACUGUGGAAGAAAAGAGCUUCUUUAACGAGGGAAUUGUCAUCUGCUACAAGAUGGGAAGUGAGCUGUGGACUCGUUAUGACACGGUUUACAAGCUGAUCACUGUGAAUGUGACAACGGGAAGGGAGGACAACAAUGCCGUUGUGGGAUUGCAGCAAACGUUCGUAUUCAGCGGAGACUAUCUGGGCGGAAACGAUCACUACAAGUGGGUGAAGAAGAGUCUGGGAAGUUGCGCACCGGAUGACUCGGACGCUGAGGGAUUCAUCGAAAAUGGCAUUCGUUCUGUGUUCAGCAUUUCGGACUCGCAGGUGAGCGAUAUCGUGACGUUCACACGCUCCUCGCGCGGUGAGGAGCUCGCGUUGUGCUGGCAGUACAAGCAGGGCCCGUUCCACUUCAUCCAGGCUUUCCUUGAACUGAAGUCCAUCGAUUCGUUCACGUCCGAGUACGGAGACGACGAAACCAUCUUCUUCGAUCUUCCCAAGACGUACUUGAUUGAAGGUUACGGCCAGAGCGAGAACGAUUACAUGCUGUUGGCGCGUGGUAAUGACCCAACGUGCAAGGCUCCGAUCCAGGCGAUCUAUUUCUUCUCCGGAGACCUUUCGAGAGUGGAUGUGGUGGUUCCCAGCACGGAGAGCUGGAGUAACAAUACGUUCAGUCUUUGCUACGCGUUCUCCGGAGGCGCUGGCAUCCUUCCUUUGGGUCUUCAGUUGCGAGCUGUUACAGUGUCCCUGGACUACUCGCCUACUCUUUUCCUGGAAGAGCAGUACAUCUACACGAUCACUGGACCUGAGGACUAUGUUAGUCACAAUGAUUCGAUUAGUUUCGUAACCACUCUGGAGGAGUGCUACAUGAACACUACGACGCGCUACUAUGUGGAGGAGCGAUCCAUUCCUGUCUACGUGACGGAGAUUCCUAUUCCUGGAGUUGGCGACUACUCGAUCUGCUUCUGCUUCGAUGAGAGCUGCUUCGUUACCAACAACAGAGUGUCUCUCUAUCACAUUACGGACGUGAGAGCCACGGAAGGAGGUGCCCACGCCUUGAUCUAUGGACUGGAGAAGACCUUUGAGGUGGACGGCGUGAACGUGCAUGACGGAGACUUGGUGACUUUCGAUUGCGUGUCUGAUCCUUCCUACUCGAUCGGUCCUUUCACUGUGAGCAACAACCUGAUCACGGUCGAUGACGCUGCGUUCACUCUCGAGGUGGCUCGUGCCUGCGAUCGUGCGAUGCUGUCCUACUCGUUUGACUCGUUUAACCAUACCUUCGAUCUGAUCUACUCGAUUAGCUAUGUGGAUGAUGUGGAGAACGUUCCUCUGCUGUUCAACACGACAACCAGCGUGAAGAUCAGUGGCCGUGACGUGGUAGUCGGCGAUAAGGUGAAGCUUGGAGUUUCGAGCUGCGCGGACGAGGAUGGAGCGGUGUUCGUUGUGGAGAAGAGAGAUCCCGAUCUGGUGUUCAACGUUUAUCUCAGCUUCGUAACGAGCCAUGUGCUGAAGGUGUGCUACCUGUUCGCUGGAGAGGAGAGCUAUGCAGAUACCUACUUCACGCUGAACGCUUAUAUGGUGAGAAUUGAAGCUCCGGAGAACAACGCGGUGGUUGCUAAUCACACCUACACUUUGCCGGUCUCAGGAGUGGGUCUGAGCUCGAACGAUAGCGUGCUUAUUUCUCGCAAUCCGGACUGCUCCGUUGUUGCUUGGAGCGAGCACCCCGUCAAUGUGGAGAAUAGUUGGCAUGUGAGCAUCACGAUUCCCACUGUGGAGGAGAAGCUGUUUAUCUGCUACAAGUUCGAGGAUCUGGAAGAUAUCAUUCCGAUGAAUAUUCAGUUCCGCUCGUCCUUCAUCACGGUGGAUGUGGAUCAGAUCGUGAACCGUGUCGAUCUGCUGAUGCACGUGACUGGAGCGCAGAGUGGAGACAGAGUGGCGAUUGCUCCUGCUGGAGUGAAUACCAGCCCUGAAGAGGACGCGGACGCUUGCGGCAGCACGAUGUAUUUCACCGAGUUGGACGAGGAAAUGAAGUUCGAGGACUACAUUGUGUUUGAGGGACUGCUGCCUGUGGACGUGCACCUGUGCUACGCGGUGAACUCGAUCUGGGUGCCAAUCCGCCGUCUGCCUUUCAUUGGUUUGAGCAACAUUGUUCCCGCUUCCAUCUUGGCCGACAGAGAGUACACUUUCUUCGUGAAUGCCACGAACGUGCAUGGAGAUUGCGAUGUCAAUAGACUGGAGUUCCAGGAGAGCUGGGUGGAUCUGGAUUGCCAGUUCACGAACAAUCUCUUCUCUGGUACCUUGAGCGACAUUUUCAGCGACGAGAGCAACAACCCGGUUCGUUUCGGAGGCGUGGGAUCCAACCAGUGCAGCAACCAGCUGGGACCGAACGGCAACUUCAUCAUCCUGGAUUUCGGAGCGUGCUACGAUGUGACCCGACUCACAAUCGAAACGAAGACGGAUUCUGAUGACUUGACGGAGCUGCACGUGUUCUCUGCCAUGAACAAGACGGGCAUUUUCACGGAGGCCUAUUUCGAUAACUACGACAACACUCUGGAGUUGGGAACGGUGAACGAGAGAGAGAUCAACUUCUCUGGCCGUGCGAUGAAGCUGGAGUUUACGCGCAACAAUGGUCACGCGAUUUACACUUCCAUCUACCAGAUCAAUCUGUAUGGUCAUCCGUGCAAUCUUGACUCGCACUUUGCUGUGAAGUAUGUCGCUGAGUCCGAGAGCUGCGAGGACGUGGAUGAGGUGUUUGAGGUGUCCGUUUGCUCUCAGGAGUUCACCCAUACGUUUAACAGCUCGUAUGACGGAAAGCGUGUGUGCUUCCUGCAUCCCAACUAUCAGGAAUAUGUGCUGUAUCCCAAUAUCACGAUGGAGAUGAAGUAUGUGAGUGGCUUCAGCGGAAGCAACCAGUUGGCGGUGCAUACAUCUCGCGUGGCGAAGCUGGUUGGUAAGGGCAUUGAGGAAGGAGACGUUGCGAAGUUCGUGCCUGUCGGCUCCAGUUGCGACUAUGUGGCGCCCGAGUUUACAGUGAGACGAAACGGCAAUAUCAAGCUGACGGGCUUUGAUGUUGUGGGCAACUACAGUCUGUGCUACAAGUUUAUCAACUCCGUCGACAGCUUCCUGCCGCAUCCCCAUGUGAUUUUGGAGGUGGUGGAGCCGUACGUCCGUGCGGUGGUUCCCAAUUGGGCGAUGGUGGGCAAGACUCAGGAGCUGCAGUUCAUCGGCGCAGGCAUCACGGAAUCGGAUCAUGUGAAAUUCAUUUCUUCUGAUAAGGAUUGCAACGGAAACGACAGCGGUGCUACCCUGUACGCGCUUGACAAGGACGGAAAGUUGAAUAUAACCUUUACGAAUCCUCUUCCUUCUGGAAAGGUGUGCUACCGCUUCGGACUGAGUACGACCUUCAUCGACUUUGGCCUUCUGUUCGAGGUGUACAGCAUUCGAGCAAUUCAUCCUACCGAGUUUGUGGACGAGCUUCCGGAGCAGGUGUCGUUCUACGGAGUGGGCAUUACCGUGAACGACGAAGUGUGGUUCGUGGAUAAUCGUUUCAAGUGCGAGGACUCGACCUUGCGGUUUGAUCUCAGCGACGCCACAGUGGAUGUUGUGGCCAACGAGGUCGUGCUGACGAAGGAAAUCACGCUGACCACCCAGUUGGCGGAAACCACAAUGAAGGUUUGCUACAAGUUGCAUGCUGUGGAUGAGAUUCAAGAGCUGGAGGGCAUCACGCUCAAGGUGUACAAGAGGUCGGUGAGUGUCAAGAUUAUGGACACUUUAUCUGACCCGUACUAUGUGAGUGGUCGCCAAAUGACGUAUCGCGUGGAAGGCCAUGGAGUGGGUCACAAUGAAACCGAGAAGGUGUAUUUGGCGAAUCAGAAUGAGCCUUGCCCCACCACUAGCCAUCCGGGCAAUGAGAUCGCGGUGACGCGAAUCGAGAACGGACUCGGCAAAUUCGUCCUGCAUCGGACUGUGGAGAAUACGGCGUACUUGAAGGUCUGCUACUUGUUCGAUGGAAAGCAGGAGUACGAGGACAUGAAUGUGAGAAUUCCGAUCCUGAUGAUCAACAAUGUGCGUCUGGAGGAUCCUCUGCGUCUGGAGUUGUCUGUCUACAAGAACACGGCCAAUCUGUUCUCUGUGGAUGGACACAACAUCCAAUCUGGAGAUAAGAUGAAGUUUGUGGAUCGUAUGGGUCAGGCCGAGUAUUCGUGCAUGUCGAGCGGAUCGGCUCUUCACGGUCAAGAGCCCGUGACUCUGACGUACAUCCCCAGUACGCGCCGUACUCAGGGAGUGUUCCGUUUCACGGAGCCUGGUUUGAACCUGGCUAUGUGCUAUUACUUCUCUGCUUAUAAUGAAAUGGUUCUGUUUUCGAACAUCAUGGUGGAUGUGUUGGACGUGGUGUACGAUAGCGAGAAUGUUGCUGUUUUGGACGAGCCGUACGAAAUGUCGUUCAGUGGAGCGGGCCAGAAGAUGGGAGACCAGGUGAUGUGGGUGCGAUCCUCGGCUACAUCGUGCACAUCUCCUACGGUGCAGGCGUCUUCGAUCGAGACUUUGGACGAGCAUCUGAAUGUGACUUUCGUGUUCGACGCCCUGUACCGCAACCUGAAGCUGUGCGUGAAGUCUGACAACGACAUUUGGACGAUGCUGGAUGAGUACAGACUGGAUGUGGUCGGAGUGUCUACGUUCGAUAUUCCUGCGUACAGUAGCUGGAGAAGCGGAACCAAUUACGCCAUCAUGGCCGGUAAAGAGGUGGACACGGUGUUCAACAGCGGAGAUGAGGGAGACAGGGUGAAGUUCAUUCCGGAGAGUUCGAGUUGUGACAACGACAUGGGAGUGUGCGGCAGCGUGGAGCUCUUGGAGACCACCAAAGCCAAGCUGACCUGUACUCCUGCCACAAAGGUGGUGAUGUGCUACUACUUCUCCCGUCUGGGUCGCUGGAAGCUGUAUUCCGAAUAUGGCUUGACGGUGCGGGGUCCGACCAGCUUGACGAACAACGUGGUUGUGGAAGGCAAUAGCAUGAUUGCGAACGUGAUUCUGGAUGGAGUGGAUGUGGCCAACAAGUGUGACGAGGAGUGCAUAACCGACGACGAAGCGUUCAAGAAUAACGUGUCGAUCGAGUCGAACGACGAGAAACUGCUGGAAAGCGAGUUGAAAAAGGCCUUGGGCGAAACGCAGUACGGAAUCCAAUCCGAAAUCGAUCGUCCUCUGGAGAUCAUCUUCCGCUACACUGAGCACAUCGCCAUUACUGCCAUGCAUGUGCAUGCUCCUCGUAGUGAGCUGUCUCCGCGCAGAAUGAAUAUGUACCGUAUGGAGAGCGAGAAGUACGUGCUUGCGUUUAGCUGGGAGACGCAAUUCAACGAGCAAAACCAGGCGAUGAAGUCGGAUACGACUGGCUUCCAUGGCACGAGUAAUACUUGGAAACUGGAGAUUGUGGACACGUUUGCGGAGGACCCGUCGAGCGAGUUCUACAAGUAUACCUAUUUCACUGGCAUUGAGAUUUUCGUGAACAAUGGAGAGUUCAGCAACACGGUGAAGGCGAAGUUUGUCCCUCUGGGUAUGGACUGCUCGACUUCUUCUGCCAUGAUCGAUCCGUCGACCAAUGCAGUGUUGGAGGAGGUUCGCAUGGAUGAGUGCUCGGGUCUGCUGGAGCGCUUCACGGUCGCGGAUAUUUCGCAGACGUACCACCUGUGCUACGCUCAGACCGAUGCUCCUAAUGGCUACAACGAUUUCAUUAGUUAUGAUAUCUCCUUUAUGAUCCGUAACACGCAAGUGGAGUCGGAGGGAUAUAAUAACUAUGCGAUUUCGGGAUACAGCAAGACUUUGUAUCUGAAUGCUGGAGAGUAUGUGCCUACAAGCAUUAAGUUUGCCACUGUUGGUAAAUCGUGCUCUGAGACCAAUCCGGAUGAUAUUUUCGGACCAUUUGCAGUCUCUAAUAAUAGCGUGACGAUCUUGUUCGACAUCCCGUACGAGAGCAAGUACGAUGGAAUGCGUUUGUGCGUGCAGUAUGGAUCUGAGGAUAUCUACGAGCCCCAGCAAUUGGAGAUGCAUCUUAGCGAGGUGAAGGUUUCGAACCCGGUUGCUUUCUGGACCACACACGAGCCGUAUGCUUUGAACCUCGAGGGUCGGUUCUUGUAUGAGUCCGAGGGUGACGUGUAUGUCACUGGCAACAUUUUGAACGAUACGACUGUUGUUAUGACUCAGGCGUCCAACACGUAUCCUGAUCUCGGCUACAGCAUUGCGAACAAGGGAGUUGCCAAUAUUGCUUUCACCUCUCACGGAGAAGAAGAGCAGCUGUAUAUGUUCGCUCUUGAAUUGGGAACGGAGAUUCCUCUGAAAAAGAACUUGAAUGACUCUAUGAUGAUGAAGGUCACGGUGUACACGUUCGGCACACUGUCGCGUACUCGCUUCUUGGUUGGAAUGACCUACAAUAACGUGAAGAUCGAGAACUCGUUCGGCGUCAUCGAGGGAGACGACCAGGUGAAGCUCUGCGAGACGGAGAACGCGAGCAACUGCUUGGAGGAUGUCUUCGAUAUCAUAAAGCUGGACGACGAGUUGUUCUUGGAGUUGGGAGAGCUGCGCACAGCCGGAGACUACUCGCUGUACUACAAAUGGGAAAAUGUGAACGGAGGAGAGUUCGUUAACACGCACGUCGAGCUUCAGAUUCAGAAUUAUACGGGCGUGAUUGUGUUUACGAACGCGCCUGGCUAUUUCAUCGCUGGAAGCCAGCUGGAGAUCGAGGGCAACGGUGUCGACGAGGGUGACCAGGUCAUUAUGCGAUCUCAGGAGGAGGGAGAGAGCGACAGCGAUCUUACGCUUGAUGUGAUUCGUGAUGGCUCCCGUGUGUACAUUGAUACCGCUGGCUAUGUGUUUACUACACCUGUGGUGCACGUGUAUUACAAGUACUACAACGAUGCUCCGAACAACGCUAGUCUCAUUUUUGUGGACAACCUGGAUGUCCUCAUGGUUUCAAUGGACUUCACGGAGAACAGCGUGGUGACGGAGUAUCCUUACCGCUUCCGCGCGACUGGCUUGAACAUGAACAGCACGGAUUCGAUUGUUCUUUCUACCCAUUGCACGGAAGGUGCGCCAGUGUACGCCUCGUGGAGUGCGGAGGAGGAUGUUGACGACGGCGAAGGCUUUGAGGGAGAGCAGUUCCGUGUGGUGUUCUCCAAUGAGCUUUUGUCGUACGAGCAGCCCUUGGUACUGUGCUAUAAGUUCUCUCUUUACGAUGCGUAUGCCAACCUUCAGAUGGUGACGAUUCAUCCCGUGAACGUGUACACGGAUUCGAAUCAGUACUUCGCGACCCGCGGCGACGUUCUGGAGAUUACAUUGAUGGGCAAUUACCCCCAGUCUAACGAGAACGACAUCAGUUUGCUGUUGUCGCCCUCUUCUUCGUGCGACACUUCUGUGAUCGACUACUCUACGUUCAACCAGAACACCUUCUAUUUCUUGAUCGAGGAUGUGACGAGCCUGGAGUACUACGUGUGCCUGCGCUGGGAUAAGAAGAGUUCGCCUCGUGUGAUCGAGAACACGAUCGUCCAUAUGAUGGAUCUCGAAGAGUUGGACAUGUCCAUAGGAGUCGUUGGUCAGCACGUGACCGUUCCUGUCCGUGGAAAGGGUCUGGUGAACGGUGAUAUGAUCAUGUUCGCCAAGGACUUCUGCACGAACUCGAUCCGGAACGGACCCUUCGAAAUCAAGAGCAGUAACAAUCAGCUGGUGUUCGAGGCAGACUGGACGACUGCUCUGGACCAGGCCUUUGUCGUCUGCUACAAGUUCAAUGGACGUUCGGUGUACACUCAGGUGAAGGACAUGAGCGUUUACAUCAUCCAAACGGGUCCCAUCACGCCUUCCGUGCUUCGUGUGAAGGAGGCGGAGCCCAUCUCUGUUUCUACCAACGUCAUUCCUCCUGGCUCUUCUCUCUACUUGGGCGCUUCGUGCAGCGACGAGCUGACGGAGAUCGAGUACAACUCUGCGCUGUCCAGCGAGUUCUCGUUCACGAUGUCGUUCAACGAGACUGCUUCGCUGGAGCUGUGCUUGAGCAAUAACGGAGAGCACUUCGUGAGUCUGGGAGCGUUGAAUGUUGUGGAUGUGACCUACCUGUCCGUGGAUACGUUCGCCGCUGGACUGCCUCUGGCGGGCGCUUUGAACAGCACCAUCUACAUUGAGGGCUACGUGGUGCCUGAUAGCAUGGUGAAGUUUGUGGAGAAUAGCUGCGACGAGGAAGGAGCGGAGGCGAUUCCGCUGACGGAGAACAUGGAGUUGGAUGUGGAGAUUCCUUUCCCGAGAGUUGGCAAGUUCAAGCUGUGCCUGAUUUCUCCUGGAGCUUCUCGAGGCUACUUGUACAACAAUCUUGUUGUGGAUGUGAAGGAGAUGACCAUUACUUCCUCCGGCUCGCUGAAGUUGUUCACGAACACCAAGAAGACGAUCAAUGUGGACGUGGACGUGUCUGUGGACGAUAUUACCCUGAUCACGAUCUUCCUGGCUCCUUCGGAGUCUUGCGAAAAUGGUGUGGGUAGUGACGUCACCAAUGAAGUGACGAUAACCAAGUCCUCUGCGGUUCAGUUCAGAUUCACUCAGGGAUAUCCCGAUGCGUUGAAGGUGUGCGCGCGUUAUGCUGACUUGGCUCCUGUUUACACGGGUGCUACGUUGUACGUGUACUCCGCAUCCUUCGAUCCUCCAGUCUGGAGACCGUUCUAUGGCAUCCGUUAUUAUUUCUCUGGAGUGACGCUGAUUAAUCCAUUCAAUCCUCCUGGCAUUGUGUAUGCGAAGUGGUAUCCUCUUGACAAUACUGGAAUGAAGUGCGAGGACUUGGAGGGAUUGGGAGAUCCAUUGUCUGAAAUCACCUCGAUGGUCUUUAAGCAAAGUGGCGAGUUGCAGACUUGCUUGAAAUUCGACCCGUCUGCGCCGUUCGAAGCUCUGCCUCUCGAAGACCUUCUUGUAGAUGUGUAUGGAAACAUCACAUUGACGAUUGAAGGUGUGGAUCGUUUAGUGGUGAAUAAGCCUUUCAUCAUUAGCGUAUCGGGUGAUGAUAUUGACAAGAUCAGCCAUAUCUGGUGGCGCAAUGAUCUUGGUCAGGAAUCCAGCCGGGAGGAGUUGUACAACGGGCACAUGGCUCAUUAUACCUUGCCGAGUCCUGGCUUGUGGUGGAUCGUUGUGGAGUAUCAGUGCGAGGAUGAAAAUGGAUGCGACUAUGCUGAUUAUCGAAACGAGGCUAGCUUGACGCGUACUGUAUCCCAGUUCGUGAACGUGGAUGUGCUUUAUUGGCUGAAGAACCGAGAGAUUCCUGGAAGUGAUACUCAGAAGAAGAACAAUCUUGAAGUUCGCGGUUACUACUUGCAGAGUGGUGAUAAGAUUGCUUUCUUGCCGACUGAGAGCAACUGCCAGAACUCCCAGAACUGCGAGUCUGUCAGCACUGCGUAUAGCAUUGUUGCAGAUCCGGACAACAGCAUGCUUUACUAUCUCGAGGAGGUGCUGAACGUGGAGCAGUUCGCAGCGCAGAGCUGCAUCUGUUUCAGUUACGGCGAGAACAACUGGAUGUCCUACCCGUCUGAGGUGCUGCACAUUCCCGAAAGCAACACUGUGAGAAGCACGGACCGGGAAGCCUAUUUGAUUCCUCUCUCGUCAACGAGUGGCAAUAGUGUCGAGGCCCGUGUGAGCCUUGAUCUUUAUGGCCAUGUUGGAAUCGUGGAGAAUGCGAUGGGCUACAUCCUGCCUACUGGCCAGAGUUGUACUCCUGAUACCGUGCCAAGUUCGACGGACGGUUCAUCGUAUGUGGAAGCGAGAAAGGGAGAUCAGUAUGGUUAUGUCCAUGCCAGUGUGUACUACAAUGUGUCCUUGCCGAGCAAUCCGACUUAUAUUCUCUGCUAUCAGGUUGAGCCUAGCGGAAUAGUGGAAGUUGAUGUGACGGUGAAGUUCCUGAACAUUCAGCCCAUCAACAUGAAGGCUGCUCGAGGUGCCCCUAUUAUUUUGAGUGGCGUGGAUAGCAUUACGGACAACUCCGAAGCCUUCUGGUCGUUAGAUGCAGAUUGCUCGGGCGCGGUGUCUUUGACAACGAUUUGCUCGGGCGGCGCUUGCAGCUGGAAUGAGGGUGUGAAGCCUUAUCUGUCCGAGGACGCUCAUCUCUGUGUACGCUUUGACGGAACCACUUUGUUUGUGCCUGUGAAUACCGUUACGCUGUCGGUAUAUGGCUUGAACGACAAGAGCAUUGACAUGUUCAGAAUUGCCGAUGGCGACUGCAAGCGUACCGUGAACUUCGAAGCCCACGGAACUGUUGAAAAGAUCAACUUUGUGGAUUAUGAGACGAAGAAUGUCAUCGAGGAGAACAUGUACUGUGAGAGUGCCACGGAGUGCUACUUGUACAGUGCGGAUUACAGUUUGGUUGAGAGUGAUAAGGUGGGUGUAAUGGUCAAAUUUGCGGAAUUGGAGACGGAGGCGUUCAUGGAGGAUGUGGUUAUUUAUGUGCGAGACAUUCCCACUUUGGCCACUCCAAAGAUGUAUGUCAACCAUGACCAUCUUCUGAAGUUGGAGUCCAAUCUGUUUGAUCCUAGUGAGACAGUCGAGAUCACGCAUCAGGAGCACAGUUUCAACACUUCGCUGACAAUCGAGAGCGACGGCAAAUCGGCUACUGCGUCUGUGAAGCUUUCGCAUACUGGAGCGCAUACGGUGACUUAUCAUUACCGAGACUUGGAGGGCUAUAGUUGCAGUGCUCUCACUCAAGCAUUUGGCACCAUCAGCGUGAUUAAUAUCACCGCGAUCGCUCCGAGAUUGGUGACGGAUUACGCCACCCUUUCGUACACGCUAAGCACGGAGGAAGAGAUCCAGGAAGCGAAUAAAGACACAAUUAUUCUCUGUGACCCGGAUGAUUCCAGCUGUCUGAAGCAGUAUGCAUCCAGCUCUAUAGACCAGAAGUAUCUUGUGGGCCAGAUCAUGGCAUCGCAUACGGCAUAUCUGAAGAUCUCUGAAUAUAUCCCGAGUCUGAAUUCUCUGGCGGUGUACUACAGAAUUGGAUCGGGUUCUCUGAUCUCGACGGGUCUGUCUCUGGACGUGCUGCACAUUGAGAGCAUCGACUUGACGAAUGUUCCUGAAGGCGUUUCGGUAAAGAACAUCGGUCUUCGGGGAAGCGGCUUUAGCGUGAAUGACAAGCUGAAAUUGGUUGCGGACGAGAAGGUGUGCUCUGGAAUCGAGCCGAUGGUUCUUGAUAUUGCCUACACGACCGGUUACGUGAUCGAGAGACUCACUGCCCCCACUCUGCCUGCAGGCUGCGAGUUUGCCAAGUUGAAUGUUCUGUACUUGCCCGCUGAUGCCUCCAACCAGGAAAUUGCGACUGGUUAUGCGAUUCGCGUGAACCGUGUGGUAAUGAGUGCGGCUGCGGUAUCCAAGUGGAACAUGUUCCCGAAGAGCGAGCAGACGUUCAAUGUCCAAGGUAGUACGAACAUUCAGGAGAUGCGCUUCUUCUUCAUGGACGCGCAGGGCAACGCUUAUGACUGCGAGACGCGACCUGAGGAGAUGACUGGCGUGGUGCCUGUGACAUGCUCGUUCAAGGAUGUGAAGAACUCCGGAGAAGUGUGCAUGUAUUUCCAGUACUAUGAUACCGUGAAUAACCAUAUCGAGUGGGUGGAUGACUACCAUCCAAUCGAGAAUGCUUGCUACUACAUCCUGGACGCGGAGGAUAGCUAUCAUUCCGCUCUUCAGUUCACCAAGAUCAAUCCUCACUACAGUAGUGCGGUCGCUGUUGUGGAUAUUAGCUUCCAGAACUUCAACGAGCAGGAAGUGGCCCGCUACACCGCUUCUCUCAUGGAGCUGGAGUUCGUGCUGCCCACUACGGAGGACAAGGUGAUUGCGAUCGCUUCUUACGGAUCCUACAUGGGAGCUUUCAACAACAUCAAGGUGCGUGUGGGUGGUUUGCAGUCGGUCCAGCCUGCGGCCAACAAGACGCUGCUGACCACGAUCGAGUCAAAUCUGGAUCUGAUCCUGAUCGACACUCCUGCCAACAGCAGAUUUGGAUUCUCCGCCGAUACCAGCUGCACGGAUGUGAGCUACAUUAACUCGCUGAAGAUUUGCGAUGCUUCGACCGAGGCGACGGGCGUUUGCCAGGAUGUGGUGAGCAUCACGUUCAACGAGGCCUACACGAACCUGUACGUGUGCGUGGACUACAGCGGACAGGGCUUCAAGUUCUCGGGUCUUCCGUUCUUGACCGUGUUGGACUUCGGUAACUCGAUCACUGUCCUUGCUGGUAAGGAGACGCGCAUCAACUACCAGUAUAUUACUCCUUCGUAUCCGGAGUACUGCACAUACAAUUAUACCACUCCGGAUGUGAGCAAUUCUUGCGAUAUGGUGAGUUCGAUCUUCGCUGGUGAGUCGGCCUUGGUUGUGGAUGGUGUGGUGACGACGUCUCUCGUGUUCGGUGGUAACAUCGAGACGAACCCGUUGUGUGACAACCGUCCGAUUGACCCGAAGAAUCAGUGGAUCGUGUUUGACUUCGGCGAAUGCUUCCAUGUUUCUGAGAUCGAUAUGUACCUGCUGGGCAUUGACACGGAUCCUCGCUACUUAAUUCUGGAGACGAGCGACGUUUUGACCACGAAUGACAAGGCCUGGACCUUUGAGGCUCGGAUGGAGAUUGUGAAUUCGAGAGUGGGAUGGUACAACAUGACGUCGUUCUCUUUGAACGGUCGCUAUGUGCGCAUGCGCAUUGUUGACAGCCAGACGACAUUCAUUAUCCUGAGCGAGGUUGCCUUCAUUGGUACGUCGUGCGAAGACACUACGUCUCCCGCGAUUAAUGUGAAGUGGGUGAAGUACACUUCUGCUGGCGAACUGGACUGCAGUCUCGCUGGAUACGAGAGUACGAUUUACUCUUGCACUCGUACUGGAGUGGUGAACAUUACCGAGGUGGGAGAGUACGGUCUUUGCCAACAGAAGGAGGAGGAGGAGGAGACCGAGAACGUUUGGGAAUCUGUAUACAACUUUAACAUGCGCGCGGUUGGCAUCACUGCAGCCACGAACCUGCAUAACAUUCCUUCGGGUGGUUUGCGCACUGUGAAGUUAUCUGGAUUUGGCAUUUCGGAUAGCGACAAGAUUGCGUUUGUGAGUGAGUCCACGGACUGCGUCACCGUGUCGGAGGGAUCUGCGAACGUGUUCAGCGUGCAGGACGCGAGAGCGGAGAUGCGAUUCUCUGCUCCCGAGGGCAGAUACAAGCUGUGCUACAUGUUUGAUGGUCUUGCCUUCCAUGAGACGAUGGUUCCGUCCUUCACGAUCGUGGAGGCUGGCGAGGUGACGUUGAGCAGCACCAAGUUCAUCAACAACUACCCGAACACGUUUACUGUGAUCGGCAACGGAGUGUCUGAGAACGACGAGAUUGCUUUCACUGCUGGCAACUGCGUCAAUGCCACGUACAUGCCGAUCCAAAAGAUCCAUAACGAGUACGGCGUGUCCACGGAGACAUUCCCUGUGAGAGGUGUGAAUCUGAAGGUGUGCUACCGAUUCGGCGGUCUGGAUGUGAGAAUGCUGAACACCACUGUGAGUGUGGUGGAGGUGUUCCCGAUCGAGCUGGAUGAGGUUCCUUACAAUCUGCAGGCGAAGAUUUCGUUGCAGGGAGUUGGUUUGACGGAGAGUGAUCGACUCUGCAUGAUCUCUUCGUCGAGCACGUGCGGCCAGUGCGCUGCUGCCGGCUCGACCGCGCAGGUUGCGAAGGAUGAGGAGGGACGCUUCUACGCCAUGAUGCUGUUCACUGUGCAGACAACUCUGAAGAUGUGCUACCAGUACAGCUUCUACGAACCCUAUGUGGAGAUCGGCGACAAGACGUACACGGUGGUGGCUCCUGCGCUGAACAGCCUGAUUCCUUCUCGCAUCGUGGGCAACGUGAACAAUACCAUUGUAUUCAACGGCAAGUUCAUGGGCGGAGAGGUUCUGAACGGAGCGGUGGAGGUUGUAUUCAGUCAGUCGAUGGAUUGCCAGAACCCUGUCGCUCUGGCGAACGGCAGCUCUUCGUUCUAUCUGGGACUGGUUGGUGAGCCGAACAUCUACGGACUGACAGAUGUGAUGUUCGGUACAGAAGAGGACCUUUCGACGCUCUACGUGUGCCUGCGCUACCCGUCGGCGACCGCGAUGGAAUACUCCAACAAGGUGCUGGAGGUGGUUCUGAUUCGAUCGAUGCAGCCCAGUGUUAUUCCUCUCAACACGUACAGUUAUGUGACUGUGUCCGCCUAUGGCUCGAAGCCUCAGGAUGCGAUCCGAUUCGUGCCUUUGGACGUGCCUUGCGAUAGCGAAGGCUAUCCCACCUAUCUGAUGGGUAAUCAGCAGAUCGCGAACGUGCUGUUCACCAAGAUUGACGUGUUCUACUUGUGCUACAUGCCUCAAGCUACGAACUACUACAAGCUGGUGGACUUUAGUCUGGAGGUGAUGAAUGACCGCAACGUCAUCGACUUCGCUUCCAAGAAGCACCACUUCUCGGUGGUUGGCCAGACGGAGACCUAUGAGAUCAAGGAAGACAAUGUGUAUCCGGGCGACCGGAUGAUGUGGUCUCUCGAUGGCUGCGCUCAUGCGGCUCCUGGAACAGAGGAGAAGGAGGUGCGAAAGGUGAACGAUACGCUGAUCACCACGUUCACGUUUACCCAGCCGUUCUUGAGUGCGAACUUGUGUAUGAAGUUCGCGGGUAUUCUCAACUGGGUGGAGUAUUCGAACCAGAAACUGUCGGUGUACAGCAUCUUCAACAUGCAGCCUCGCAUCUUUACACGUGACGUGGCUACCAACGCUGUGAUUGAGGGCAUGGGUGUGGACAUGAUGGGCAAGGCCUAUCUGGGUGUUGUGUGUGACGGCUCCGACGAGGACCGCUACACGGAGGACUUCGAUGGCGCUACGAAUACCAUUGUGACGGUGACGAAGACCCAUCCUGAAGUGAUCUUGUGCGCCUCGUUCGGCAACUAUUCCGCCUACUACGCGUUCUCGAAUCUGACGUUCCAGGCCCGCGGUGUGGAGAAUGUGACCUUGUUGGACGCGAAUCCUCGCGAGGGUUCUGUGACUCUGGAGUUGAGCGGCGUGGGUCUUGGCUACGACACGUGCGGCUUCUCUGAGGAUUUGACCGCGAAUCCUGGCUUUGCGCAGAACAGCAUUGAGAAGGUCGAUUUCUCGCAGACCUACCCUGCUGGCGCUUCCUACAACGUGCUCUUCGACGGUGAUCCUCGUACGGCCAUCAGCUUCGAUGGCAAUGAUCACGAGACGAUGGACAUCUAUCUGAGAUCUCCCUACGUGCUGACGCAGAUCGAUUUGUAUGCUGCUGCGGGUCCUGCUUCGCCGAAGAAUCUGGAGUUCUAUUUCGUUGACGAUAGCGAUUCGGAGAGCGAGCCUGCUCUUUUGGCCUCGUGGACCAAGGCGAAUGCGUUGGGCUGGAGCGAGUCGCCGGCGUUCUCUCGUCAGGGCACGCACUUCCGCUUGGUGUUCUUGGACAAUUACGAGCCGUCGUUCGAGUACAUUCGCGUGAGCAUGCUGCGCAUCCAUGGCUUCGCCCCCGUGCUGAACGGUAGUAUCACGAUCGUGACUGACGACGACUGCAGCAAUGUGGUUGCCUCCGCGUCUGUCUCUCUGUGUGAGCCUGUUGCGACGUUGUUCCCUGGACACGGAAUGAACCUUGCGGUGUGCUUCGACUUCGGAGAGGGCGCUCCUAGACUGGUGCCGAACAGUCACUUCGACAUGUACAACGUGACGGAUAUUCGCUUCACGACUGGAGACGCCCGCUCGAUCGUGGUGACGACGUCGAAGGAUCUGGAGCUGAUCGGUUCGAUUCCUGCCUACACGUUCGUGCGAUUCGUGAAGGCUACGGAGAGUUCUACGCUGGAGUCGUUGGCCGAGCAGUGCAAGAGUGCUUCAAGCAGCCUGGAGGUGGUGAACGGUAUUGUGCGGAAUGUGACCUUCGAGGAGGGAGCGGAUCGCAUGUUCAUGUGCUACCGUCUUCCUUUGUCCAUUCUGUACCGUCGCCUGGAGGAAGAAUCGGAUGAGGAAGGCUGGUCGGUGCUGGAUGUAUCGUUCAUGGUGAAAUCGCUGGACAGCAUCACUCCUCAACUGCUGGUUGCGCAAACGAGUACGACGGUGACGGUGACCGGAAUCGGCAUUUCGAACUCCAGCAUCGCCUUGAGCGAGGGAGAUUGCGGAUUGCUGGAAGACUCUGCGUUUAAGGUCUUGGAGGUGAAUUCGGUUGACCUGAUCCCCGCGAUCCCCGAGAAAGAAGGAGUGCAGAACGUGUGCAUGAAGUUCCCGAACGAGCCUGCGUAUGGACUGAAGACGGUCGAUAUUGCGUAUGUCAAGCCCAUGAACAUCUCGAUCAUGGUGGAUACGCCUCUCCAUGUGCAGCUGCAAGGCUUCCAUAUCUCUGCUGGCGACCAGAUGAGAAUCUAUCGCAACGGCGUGUGCGAAGAGCAGAAUACCUUCACGGUGGAAGAGAAUCAGAAGGUGUGGCUGACGAUGCCUGAUCAGGGAGCAUUCAGAAUGUGCUAUAAGUUCGUCAACAGCGUAACUUCGUUCCUGCCAAUGGACAUCCUUGUGACGGUCCAGCCGAGAAGUGUCACCUGUACUCCGAACUAUGUCGUGAACGGAGCGAGUAACACGCUCGCCAUCAACAUUGCGGCGUUCAACGAGGGUGAGGACGGAGAUUAUGUUACGAUCAAUGGAGAGGAUGCCAACAUCCGUAUUGAGAACAACAAGAUGUACGUGAUCUUCUACGCGAACUUCAGCACUUCUUUGGACCACGUGACUUUGAACUACUACCACGCGUCCGUCAUGGAGCCUAGUAAGAUUGAUCUGCCGUUGUUCUACGUGAAUCUGGACACGCAUGGUACCUAUACUGGCAUUGUGGAGAGAGUUGGAAUCGCCGGAGCCGGCGUGAAUAUGCUGCAGAGCAUCGCAUUCGCUGUUGGUAACAAUUGUUCUAGCAGCACGGGCAUGUUUGCCGUCGAGUCCUCUGUGGAGAGCGGUGGCUACUUCGCUGACGUGAACGUGUUGGAGGCGAGCUUGGAUUAUCACCUGUGCGCUUCGUUCGCGGAGGGUCUGCACGCUUACUUCAUCUCCAGUGAGAAGUUCGUGGUGGUGACCGUAUCGGAUUUGAAGCCUGCGGAUUGGAUUGCUGGUCUGCCUCUGCCUUCCAACUUGGGAGAUGGAAGUCAGAUCAUCGCAUCCGGUGUUGGCUUCUCGUCCUCUGGUGAUUCUCUGACGCUGUCUUCGACCUCGUCCGAUUCGGAUUCCGUUUCUCUGAGCGAGUACACCUACGAUCCGGAAGGAGCGGAGCGCGUGAUGUUCAGUAGCUCGGUCACGCUGGGCACUGCGAGCAGCGAGACGAUCACGGUCUACAACGCGUCGUACAAGUUCAGUCUUCUGGGCAAGCAGUACCUGACCAACAAGCAGAUGACGGUGUAUCCUCAGAGGUUCCCGGCUUCGAUCACUCCUGAGAACCCGGUGGUGAACACAUCGAACGGCACAACGACGACGGUCACGCUUUCGCUGUCUCCUUACGUCCGUAUUAACACGAACGACAAGGUGUUCCUGUCUACGGCUGCGCAGGGUUGCGCGGGUGCGAAUCCGGACCCGAACGAGCUGCUGGAUGUGGUGUGGAGUGACGAGGGCAAGCCGUUGGAUAUGACCCUGGAAGUGUCUGCUAUCGCCGGCGAGCAGUUGGUGUGCUACAUGUACGGAGGCAGUGAGCAGUACACUGUGGAGCUGCUGCGCUUCGUGGUGAGACAGUACAACGGUUUGCCGCAGACUCGCUUUGCCGUGGGUGUGGUUUCGGAAGUGGAGCUGAAUAUGGUGAACGGCGGAAAGGGUGACAUUCUGCGUUUCCAGGCUCUGGGUGCCAAUCCGAGCCAGCACGACUUCUAUGUGGACGUGGUUGACGGUAAGGCGGUGGUGCGCUUGGAGUUCACGGCCGUGGGAGACUACAAGGUGUCGUACAAGUACGCGAACAGCAGCGCGUUCUACGAGACAGGAGAGGUCGUGAAGGUGUCGGGCGUGUGGAGCGUGUAUCCCACUCUGCUGAUGACGGGAGAGACGCGCGCCUUCGAGAUCGAGGGAUACGAUCUGCGUGAGACCGACCGCAUCCUGCCGACGGAGAAUGGCGACUGUUCGGAGGCUGCUUCCUCUGCCUACUUUAAGGAUUCGGAGAUUACGUUCAGCGAGGCGGGCUCGUUCUAUCUGUGCUACUACUACGACACGGUCGGCUCUGCGGUGGUGAUGAGCUUCAACGUGACGGAUAUUACGUACCUGGGUCCUACGGAGUUUGUGAAUGGCGUGCCGGAGCAUGUCGUGGUGAUUGGCUUGGACGAAGAGGACGACCUUCUAUUCGUCCGCGGCACGGACUGCAAUUCGAACGUGAUCGUGCGCACCGCCUACAGCGAGGAGGGCGUGAACAUUACGCUGCCGCUGAGCUAUCAUACGAUUUCGGUGUGCUACAAGCUCUCCGAGCGUACGGAUAUCAUUCGCGACCCGAAGGUGCUGAUCAAGUCCCUGGGUGUGGACUACAUUUCCUCCACGGAGUGGCUGACGGAUGUGACGACGGAGGAAGACACGUUCGUGCUCCACCCGGUGUUCCUGACUGUGGGCGAUUUGGUGGUGUUCCAGAUGUCGGAGGGAGAAGAGGUGGAGGUGUCUACGACGGUGAAGGAGGUGAGCGUGUCGGGCGCCCUUCUGAAUCCUGUGAAGUUCACGACUGCGGGCAGCUAUGCAGUGUUGGUGACCUUCUCGAACGGCAAGACCUUCCGAGCUGCCUUCGAGGUGGAGAUUGUGCAGUCGUUCGUGUCUUCGACGUCCUUCCGUUCUGUGUACAUGUAUAUCGACGACAAGACCGACAUUCCGAUGCACUUCACCGGAGUGUUCGACUUUGUGCCCGUGAAGGUGAAGUACGUGUCUGGAGACUGCUCUACAGGCCAGACCGUUGCGGACACCGAGAUUUCGCUGUACAAGAAUGGCGACGAGGCCUUGUUCAAGUUCCCGAGCGCGUCCGUGUACACGUUCUGCGCGAAGUUCGGCAAUGAGGCUUGGUACGAGGUGGAGGAGCUGCGUCUCACCUUCCUGACGCUGAACGACCAGACCCUGGUGGUGCUGAACAUGGCGGAGCCGGUCGAGUUCCAUCUGAGCGGCAACGGCAUUCGUGAGGGCGACUUGAUCCGCUGGACGAACACGCAGAACGGAGAUGCCUGCAAGCACGCCUUGCUGAUGUCGUCGGUACAAGAGGACGCGACUGGAUUCGUGAGCUCGUUCAUGAUUCCUUCGAGCGUGGUGGACAACUAUCUGUUCAUGUGCUACAAGAUCAGCGGCGAUACCGAGUACUAUUUGUUCGCGAACAACAUGCUGGAUCUCCGCGGAGACUACAAGAUUUCGCCUGCCAUUGCCUUCGAGAACAUGCCGAUGGAGAUGACCGUGGAGGCUCGGAACUGGAGCAGCAACGACACGGUGAAGUUCGUGAAGCUGGACGAGGAGUGCACGGCUGAGGGCUUGGAGUACUCGUUCGUUGAAGGAAAGAUGAACAAGGUGGAGGUGGUGUUCUCGGAGGUGGACGAGUACAAGAUGUGCUACAGAUACGCGUCGCUGGACGAGUACUACGAGGUGCCGGUGUACACGCUGUCGGUCCGCAGCACUUCGAGCGAGGUGAACGUCUCCGUGAUGAAGGACACGAAGCAGACGGUGGAGCUGCCAUUCCUGGGUCUCGCUACGGAGGCUCAGGUCGAGACGCCGCUUGCGAAGCAGGAGAUCGAGGUGGACUACAACAUCUCUUCCCGCCCGACGCGCGGAAGCAUUGACAACAUUCUGGACGAUCGCGCAACGACGUACGCCAGCUUCCUGGGUUCGUCGGAUAUCCGUAUUGUGCUGUCGCUGACGAGUCCCGUGGUGCUGAGCAGCAUCAGCGUGCUGUCGGUAGACGAGUUCAGCUCGAUGACGCAGGGUGCUCGCUCUGUGAAGGGCGCUUCGGUGUAUGUGAGUGUGAACUCUGUGGAAGGCCCGUGGGAGCUGUGGUACAGCUACGAGCUGGUUGAGGAGCCGUCGGAGAUGAUGACGUUCAACGCGACCUACACGGUGGCCCAGUACGUGAUGUUCAUUGUGAACAGCAACUUUGGCGCAAGCACGACGACCAUUAGCGACCUGAAGCUGAACUUCGUGGCUCGUGCGGGUAGUACUUCGGUGCGAUUCGUGGAUCCUUCGAUCGUGAAUGCGGGUCAGUGCGAGUCGAAGGCGGGAACCCCCGUGGCUCCGCUCUACGAGUACGCGAACGAGAUGAUCAUGGACCUGUCUGUCCAGAGCAACUACGUGCUGUGCGCGAAGUUUGGAGUGGACUGGAUUCUGUUCAACAAUGUGCGCGCGUUUGUGAAGAGCGUGUCGGACAUUUCGCCGAAGGUGUUCGUGGCUGGAAACAAGUACCAGAUCACGCUGACGGGUGCGAACCUGGACGUGGAAGAUAAGGUGCUGUUCACUGCGACCAACUGCGAGUCGAUGAGCGCGAUUGCUGCUGAGCACACCGACGCGACGGUGGUGGAGGCGACGUUCCCUACCAGCAUUGGAGGCGCCGUGUUCAUGUGCUACGAUGGCGUGAAGCUGCCGAUAGAGCUUUCUGUGGUGGAGACCACCGUGUCCAUGACCUCUUCUUCUGAAGUGUACGCCAACUCGAAGGUGUUCUUCUCGGGUCCUGCGGUGACCGUGAACGACCAGGUGAAGUUGGUGCCUGCGGGCUCUUCGUGCAACGCGAGCGCGGUGGCGACGUACGACAUGCAGAUGGAUGCGGAGUCUUCGCUGUACUACAUGCAGCUGAGCCUUGCCGAUGAGGAGGCGCAGUACAAGGCGUGCUAUCUCUUCAAUGGAGAGAUUCUGAGCCCGAAUGAGUUCGACCUGACUGUCCAUUCCGUGAAGCUGACUCCGAGCCAGCUGUUCUACAACGUGCAGAUGCAGCUGUCUGUGGAGAGCGGACAGUCGCUGGAGGACAGCGAGCUGGUGCUGUGCGACGAAAGCGCGGUGUGCUUGUCGGUGCCCGUGUUUGAGAACAAGACGAUCCGCGUGACGGUGCCUAGCACGAUGAAGGAGCGCCUGACCGUGUCUGUGAAGAAGGGCGAGACGGUGAUGGAGACGCCCACUGUGCUGACGGUGGCCAUGGCUACUGUGAGCAGCGUGACUCCUUCUGUGGCGUUCAUCGGUGUUGCCACGACGUUCACGUUCGCUGGAGAGGGUCUCGGCGUUGGUACGAGCCCGGAUCGUGUGGUGUUCACUACGAUGGACAGCUGCGAUUCCGAGAACCUUGAGGACAGCGUGGAGAUCGUGGAGAUGACGGCCACGAACACCUUCCAGGCCGCGGCCGAGAAGGUGCACCUCUGCGUGUCGCUGAGCAGUGGACCGUUCAUGAUGAUGGCCUCCACGAUCAGUGUCUACGGCUUGACCUCGAUCCAGCCUACGAGCGUGCCUGCGUACAAGUCUGUGGAGUUCUCGCUGGAGGGAGUGGGUAUCCAGGACGGCGACUUGUUGGUCUUUGUGGCCGCGGGCGAGGCUUGCGACCGCGAGGAGGCUCGCGUGGGCACUUCGGUGGUGCUGCAGAACAUGAAGACGACCGUGACGCUGAUGGGUGCGAUCGACAAGGUGGACGUGUGCUACAGCUCUGUGACCUCGUCGCCUUCCGUGCUGACCAAGCAGCCGGUGCUGCUGACUCUGUACGAGGAUGAGGAGACGGACACGGUGACGAUGGAGCCGAUUGAGUUGAUCGCAUUCGUGAACGUUGAGAAGCGCGUGCUGUUCUCCAGUCUGGAAAUCGAUAACAAGAUUUCGUGGACGGAGAGUGGCGAUUGCAACGAUCUGGUGCUGAAUCCUCCUGUGCGUGUCAACGAGCAGAAGGAGGUGCGCAUGGAGUUCUCGGAAGGCUUUGAGUUGCUGCAGUUGUGCGUGUGCACCAACGGAGUGGACUUCGAGUUGCAGCCGAACGUGACGAUGACUGUGAUCAGUUUGAGCGGAGUGAGCGUGAAGGACAUGCUGCUCUCGCUUCCGGAGGAGGUGCGUCUGAGUGGAACGGGCGUGUCGCUGGCCACGAACAUGUUCUUCGUGAGUGGCGAGAGCGCGCGCCGUCUGGCCGCGGACGCAGCCUGCAGCAACGAUCGUCGUGUGUCUACAAUUGCCAGCGUGGUGGAUGGAGCCGGCGAGAUCACGAUAACCAAGCCUGUGGACAGUGCGAUGCUGUGCGUGGCCUUCGAGGGAUUGAUGCCUCGCAGCUUCCCGGUGAGCAUCUCCGUGGUGUAUAUUGACAGCAUGGAGCGCGUGACUCUGCCGGUGGGUGCUUCGAAGAGCGUGACGCUUCCUGUGCACAACCUGGAUCCUGCCUUGGUGAACGUGCCUGCGUUCUUGCUGAACGACAACAUGGAGUUGCGCAGCAACACCAACGUGACGGCGACUGCGGAGCCUGAAGGAUUGCUGGAGGAUAUCUUCACGAUGGACGAGAAUAACUUGAUGAAGUUCGGCGAGAAGCAGGUGAACAUCACGAUUAUUCUGCCUGCUGUGUACGAUAUUCUUUCGAUUUCGCUGGUGGCGCCGUCGAAUGGAUCGUAUCCUCAGACGAUGACGGUGAUGAAGUAUGAUUCUCUGGAGGUGCCGACUUCUGUCGGUACUGUGGUGCUGAGCGGAGCGAGCGAGGAGACUGCGGCUGCGGAAGAGUACUCGCUGCUUCUGAACACUCCUUUCACGAGCCAGGUGAUCAUGAUCCAGGUGGAGUCGUCCUCGGAGAGCGAUUUGCUGCUGCGCUAUGUGGAGAUGACGGUUCGUCCGAUUGUGCAGCAGUCGGUGGUGUAUGUGUUGCCGCCUGUGGAGAGCGAAGGCCGUCGUCUGGAGAGUGGUGACGCCGUGUGCAUGGACGAGACGCAGUAUGUGACGCGCCCGUACUAUCUGAACGGAGAGAGCUCGUUCGUGGUCGAAGGCCUGGAGAGCGUGGAGAAGGGCGUGAUGUGCUACAAGUACGCGGACAAGGCUUGGAAGAUGUUCUCGGAUUACGAGAUUUCGAUCGGAAGCAUCAGCUCCAUUGAGGUGAUGAGCGGCGUGGCGGUGGUUGGUCGUCCGAUGGAUCUGCAGCUGAACGGCGUUGGCAUUAACGACGAGGAUAAGAUUCUGUUCGUGAGCAGUGAGGCCAUGAGUGACGAGGAUUGCCUGGACAGCCAGUUCGCGGUGAGCGAUGAGGUGCUGGUGGAGUCUCGCAUGGCGAAGAACGUGGUGAUUGUGAAGGCUGGAAUGAGCAAGGUGUGCUACAGCUUCGGAUCUUACGGCUAUGUCCUGUACGACAGUAACGUGGAGGUGGCCGAGUUCGUCGAGCUGACAACCUCCACAUUCGUGGUUGCGAAUGAAGAGUUCACGGCGACCGUGAGCGGCAGUGGUUUGUCGGCUCUGGAUCGUGUGCGUUUCAUUGCGGUGAGCAGCAGCAGCAGCAGCAGCAGCAGCAGCAAUGUGGAUUGCUCGGAUGCCCGCUUCGAGUUUGCUGUGGGUGAGAAUCUGGAGGUGAAUGCGCUGAUCACGGAGGGUGGCGACUAUGAAGUGUGCUAUGGAUUCAAGAACGAGGUGUGGUACCACUACGCGUCUUCGAAGAUCGCGGUUGCUGAGGUGAGCGGAGUGUCUUCGAGCUUCAUCUACAACCACGAGACGAAUACGAUGUCCUUCACGGGUCAUCUGAUUUCUGCCUCGUCGACGACUGCCGAUCGUGCGAUGUUGAGUGAGAGCAGUGAUUGCAGCAUGCCGGUUUCGGUCGCGGACGUGUCUGCGGGAGUCGCGACAUUCACCGAUGUGUCCACCAUGGCUACGGAGCUGUUCGUGUGCUACAAGUUUGCGGCGAAGGCCGACUUCAUCUACACCGGAAAGCGCCUGGCGGUGGUCACGGUAGCGCUGAACGCGGUGGAGCCGGCGCGCGUGUUCGCUGGAGAGGAGGUGGUGUUCUCGUUCGACGUGGUGGGAGCCUCUGCGGACAACGAUCUGAUCUCUGUGGGAGCGGACUGCACGACUGCGGAGAAGGUUGCGCUGGGCACUGCGAUGGUUCUUCCUGUCGGCGUGUCUACGAUGUGCUACUGGUUCAACGGAGUGAUUGUGCGUCAGUUGACCGUCACCGCGGUGGAUGUGACGAUGAUCCCGGAUCCUUUGUUCAUCCUGUCUCGCGAGCAGGUCGAGGUGACGAUCAACGGUUCCAUGAUCAGCAAUGACAUGAUCGUGUCUCUGGUGUACACGGAGGGAGACUACAGAACGUAUUCGGUGAUGAACUCGAAGACGGUGAUUGUUGCUGGAUACGGCGGUGACUUCGAUCUGUACUUGUGUCUGGACAACGAAUGCGGCAUGAAGAAGAAGUUCGCUUCAGGAACGGUGCUGGAGAUCGAUCCCAUUGCGACGACGACGAUCUGGACUGGAGGUAAUACGGUCGUGACGAUUACGGGCUACGGACUUACUGCGAACGACAAGUUCAUCCUGAGCAAGACGAAUGGCGGUGAGGUGGCCUGCUGGGAUAGAGAUCUUGAGUUUGACGUGGAUCUGGAGGACCGCAACACGGUGACCGUGACCAUCCCGCCUCCCAAGGCGAUCUGCGAUGGCGUUAGCUUCGAUACGUACUACAAGUUCGGAUCGCAAGCCCAGGUGAAGCUGAACCACACGAUGACGAUCUAUCAGUCGACGUUCAGUCUGGCUCAGACGGUGUUUGCGGUGCCUCGCUCUGGCCUUGACUGCUCUGUGGCGGUGAACACGAAUUACAACCUGGAUAGAGACUUGUUCAUCAAGUUGUCGAUUCCUGAGGAUAGUUGUAAUGAUGUGGGAGAGUACACGGCGAAGGUGGAGAAUGGAAUGUGGCCGCUGCGAAUCUCGGAGGGCUACGAUGUGCCUCUGAGAGUGUGCUACAGUUUCGACGAGAAUGAGUGGAAUACGAUGAACGAUAAGAGCGUGUACCUGAAGAGCAUUCUGCCCGGCACUGUGGCCGUUGCGCUCGUGAAUACGCCCUUGACGUACUCUCUGCGCGCGACCGACAUUUCGCUGGAUGCGGAGGACCAGUUCAAGUGGGUGAUCAAGGGCUCAUCGUGCAGCAGCGUGAUUUCGUUCCCUGGAAGCGUUGGAGUGGAUGGAAACCACACGGUGAUCGUGGACAGCUAUGAGGAUGUGCUGUCCCUGUGCUACAACUUUGCGGGAACGACGGAGUUCGUGCUGUACGACGACGUGGAGCUGCGUGUGGUCACUGUGGAUUACCGUUCGCCUGCGAAGGUGGUCGCUAGCAAGUUUGUGAACAUGGAGUUUGUCGGAAAUGGUCUGGAGGGCGUUUCUGUGAAGUAUGUGACUGCAUCCGCGAUGUCGUGCAACAGUGAGACGUUCGAAGAAAGCUCGGAGGGCACCAUUGAUUCCGAGGGCAAGGUGCAAUUGAAGUUCAACGGCGACAUGAUCGAUGCCAAGCUGUGCAUGCGCUACGGUGAGUCGCAGUACACGAUGGUGGUGGAUCGUCCUGAUUUGCUGGUGACUGCGGUGCGCAUGAUGUCUAUGCACAGCUUCUACUCCGAGAGCUCCGAGGUGUUGGUGACCUUCGACUCGAUUCCGCUGGUGUUCACCACCACGGAGUCGGCUGCGGAGGCAGAGACUCGUCGUUUCCGAAGUGGAGUGUCCAUGGACUGGUUCAGCAACGAGUGCGGCCGUGUGAGCCAUGUGAAUGCGGCCCAGAAUAUGGAGAGCCUGAUCUCUGGCAUGUACGAGAUUCCUGCGACGGGCGCGUGCGAGGAGUCGGCGGGUCGCUGGAUCCUGUUGGAUCUGGGCGAGUCUGCGAAUGUGCGCGCGGUGCGCUUCGGCUUGCUGGAGAACGUGAAGUCCUUGAUUGUUGGCUACCUGAGCGCGGUGGACGGCUACACAUUCAUGCUGGUGAAUCACACGAACUUGGAGGUGAGCUCGGUCGGAACGAUUGAUAUUCCUGUGUCCUACGUGGGUCGUUACCUGAAGCUGCGGUUCGUGCCUGAAGAUGAGCAGAAGAGUGUGUACGUGACGUUGGUGAACUUUGAGUACUCCAAGUCGGAGCCUGCUUUCGGUUCGGGAGUCCAUGAGAAGGCGUUGCUGCGAAGUGUGUCGUCUUCAAGUGGUGCUGCUCAGCCUAUGGAACUCUCUACGUUGGAUCGCUCGAUGACGUUCAAGUUCGAGGAAGGUGGAUACUACUCGGUGCAGUACACAUUCUUCGGCACAGAAGAUAUGAACUACAACAAGGAUAGCUUCUCGAGCAAGAUGCCAGUGAAGGAUUUGACGGGCAUGGAGUCGAACUCUGCGCUGUUGAACAUUCCGAAGACGCUCAAGUUCAUGUCGAUUGGCAACCUGAACCGUACGGAGGACAAGGUGUACUACGUGCCGAAGAGCGAGGAUGCGAAGUGCUCCAUUGCGCUGGAGGCGGAGGCGAUCGUUGUGGGUACGGAGGCGUAUACCUUCAUGGAAGCUGGCGAGUACUACCCGUGCUACUAUUUCAGCGCUCUUGGCUUGGUGGACGAGUUUGUGUUGCUGACGCGCCCGGAGUUGACGGUGACGGUGUAUGAGGAUGUGCAGCUGUCUGUGUCUCCGACGAAGAUGAUCACGCACGUGCCUACUCGUCUCACGAUCAGCGGCCACUCGAUCUCGUCUCGGGAUACUGCGUUCAUGUCGACGUCUUGUCCUCCAGAGACUGCAUCGCACGCUGUGGAGCUUGAGCUGGUGCAGGGAAGCGAGAAGGACACUGUGUAUGCGGAUGUGACGAUGGACUACUUGGAUCCGGAGUUCAGUAUCUGCUACAAGUUCGAGAACGCGGACAACUACACGACUCUGCCGCAGACGAUCAAGAUGGCCUUGCUGCAGGAUAUUUCGCCUCGCGAGGUGGGUUAUGACCAUAACACGACUCUGCGUCUGAGCGGUAUGUCGCUGCAGACGUACGACCAGCUGAAGUUGGUGAAGGAGGGUGAACCAUGCGACAGCGAGGGUUAUGAGGCGCAGGUGAACGACAGUCGCGCGGUGGUGUUCGUGGAUAGAGUGAACGAGGUUUACGACGUCUGCUACAUGUACUACAUCAUCGGCGAUAACACAUGGCACAAGGUGACUGGUUUGACUCUGAAGUCUGUGGCUCUGCGCUUGGAGUCUGUGGAGCCCUCGAACGUGUUCGUGUACAAGCCGACCACGCUGACUCUGAGCGGCACGGGUCUGAUGUACGGAUGCAUGAAGUUCGUGUCGGAAGGCAUGGAGUGCAGUGACAUGGGUCACGAGAUGGUUGGUACGAACCAGACGGUCAUUCCGAUCGUGGACGGCAAUAAGCUGCCUGUGAACUUCAAGGACGGAGGCAAGAUGAAGAUUUGCUUCAGCUUCGAGUGCACGCAGCCGUUCGGAUACACCGGCAAGAAUCUGACUGCGUAUGGUCUGACGGACGUGCAGCCUCGCUCGAUGAAUGCUUACGAGCUGGUGGUGUUUACUCUGGAGGGCUAUGGCUUGCAGCCGGGUGACGCUGUGAAGAUGGUGUCUCUGGAUAGCGACUGCGAGCAGGAUUCUUCCUACUCUUCGCUGACGAUCCGGGAUGAUUUCACUGUGGUGAUGUUCCCUCUGGUGGGAGGCGAGAAGAAGCUGUGCGUGGAGAUGUCGAUCGACGGCCAGAAGGUGUGGCAUUCUGCGGAUCACCUGCCUCUGAUGGUGCGCGGCGUGACGCCUGGCGACCACGUCGCGGUGAAGGACGUGGAGCACACGUUCAACAUGACGAACCAGCUCGGCUACACGUUGCAGCCCGGCGACGCGGUGCUGUUCACGCAGUCGGAAGCUUCGUCGGAUGGAGACUGCUCGGGCAUGGCGAUUCUGGACGAGAUCGUGGUGGUGAACGAGGACGGAACGUUCAACGUGACCUUCCCGCAGGCGGGCUUCGACUUCCGCAUGUGCAUUCGUUUCCACGACUCGGAUCACUUCAUUCUGCAGCGAAAUGUGACGGUGGAUGUGGUGACCCUGUCUUCGGUGUCGCAGCCGCUGCUGGUGGCUGGAACGGAGAACACGCUGGAUCUGGAGGGAGUGGGUCUGACUUCGCAGGACCUGUUGGCGCUGGUGGCGGAGGACAGCUCGUGCCCUUCGGAGAGAGCUCUGUACUUCCCUGUGGUGAUGGAGGAUGACGGCUUCAAGUCGACGGUGCUGGUGCAGGAGGCGACGACGAGUCGGUACAAGGUGUGCUACAUCUUCUCCGGUUACAAGAUUCCGAUCGAGUACAACUACAUCCUGGAGGUGAUCGAUGCAACGAUGGUGGAGACGGACGAGACGAUCGUGCGCGACAUUCCGGUGAUCCUGCACUUCUCUGGACCGGGCUUCAAUCUGUCCGCGGUGAACGUGCGUCCUCUGAAUCAGAGCACAUGGACGGGAAGAGUGGACGACGUGGAGGAUGCCACGCUGACGGAGAUGAUCCGCACGGGCAAGGCGAUGAGCACGACGUUCCCGCUGACGUUCUCCGUGGUGCAGUCGACGAUCAACCACAUGCACUCGGUGUCUGUGAAGGUGGUUCCUUACGCCGCUGGCGUGACGCUGCCUCGUCCGAUGGUGAAGAUCAGCUACGAGUUCAACAACCGUGUGAUGGAGGUGGAGACGAUAGUGACAGACGUGGACGAUGUGAUGUCGAUCGAGUUCAUGACUCCGAUCGCGGUGGACCACUUCACGAUGGAAUUCACUUCCGAGUCGUCGGAGCGCUACGUGCUGUCGAAUCUGGUGGUGAUGGGUUCGUUGCUGGAGGAGAACGCGUUCAUCUACUACAUUUCUGCCUAUGAUGACAUCGACUGUACGCAGGAUCCCGAGCACUUCUAUCCUGUGAACCUGGCGACGGGAACGGCUCUUCUGGUCUUCUCCGAGUCGGGUCCCAUGAAGGCCUGCUUCCGCUUCGGUGGCAGUCAGUACGUGGAGCGCCCGAAGAUCAACGUGCUGGUGAGCUACGCGUAUAUCCAGAACAGCUUGGUGAGCAGCGUGGUGGUGGGCGACACUGAGAGCAAGUCGAUCGUGCUGAGCGGAGACGGACUGUCGGUGAACGACAUGUUCAAGGUGGUGUACAACUCGUGUGACGAGGAGGGUCUGGUCGUUUCGAACGUGGAGGAGGAGGAGCAGGGCUCGAUCGUGAUUCGAGUGAAGCUGAGCUCUACGGAGCAGGACAAGGUGUAUGUGUGCUACCAGUUCCCGAACUCCAUCUUCUACAUGUUGACGAAGGGCAAGAAGGUGGCGGAGCCGUACGUGAUCAACGUCAAGGACAUUCGCAGCUUCUCUGGCGCUGAAGGAUUCGGCACUUCUGCGAUGGUGGUGAUGGAUAAGCUCUACCGACUGAGCGGCUUCGGCUUGUCGAACGAUGACAAGAUCGAUUUCCAGAAGGAGAGUUGCCGAGACUCGGAGAGCGCGCUGGCAGUGAUCGAUGGCGAGGUGACGUUCAAGUUCAACGACGCGGGCAUCUACCGCAUGUGCUACCAGUUCAGCGGCGAGCGGAUGGUGGAGUUCCCGUACCGUGUGCGUGUGGUGCAGGUGUCGAGAGUGGAUCCCGAGUACGUGGUGAAGCUGGAGAACAGCACCGUGGACGUGUAUGGUAAGGAGUUCGUGGAGGAGGAUACGUUCGGCUACCUGAUGAAGGAAGGCACCGGUUACUGCGAGCCUGUGGUCGACGUGUUCCUGUCUUCGGAGCAGGUGAGAACGAGCUACGUGUUCCCGGUGGCGGAUACGUACUAUGUGUGUAUCCGUCUGGAGGGCGACUCGACGUUCUACACGAUCGACAACGUGUACGAGACGGUGGUGAACGACUACGUGAUCGACUCUGUGGAUAACGUGAUGUUCCCUGUGACCACGAUCGAGGAGAGAGAUACGCACGAGAUCGUCUUCAACGGCAAGACGGUGUCUGCCACCGACAAGGUGAAGUUCGUGGAGACGAUGGAUUGCUCGGAGGAGGCUGUGGAGUACCCCGUGGUGAAGAAGAAUCUGAAGACGACGGUGAGCGCGGUGUUCUCGAAGAAGGUGCCGACGCUGUACAUCUGCUACAAGUUCAACCAGAAGGAGUACAUGCUGCUCAACCAGACGAUCACUCUGAUGUACGUGGAGACGGUGGAGCCGCAGUACAUCGUGAUUGCUACGGACUCCGUGCUGUACCUGACCGGAGAGCAGAUCGAGAACGGUUAUGUGAAGCUGUCGAGCGAGAACACGUGCUCCGACUCGCUGAGCGAGCGCAGACUGCGCAAGGACGCGUUCGGCAAGUACUACAUCGAGACGAUCGUGCGAAACUACCACCCGUUGGUGUACAUGUGCUUCAAGUACCCGAAGUACGGAGACAAGUACUACUACACAGGUCUGGCGGUCGACAUGUAUGGCUUGGAUAGCAUUUCGGAGCAGUCGUGGUUAGUGAAUCUGCCUCUGCCGAGCGAGAACUCGGUGAACACGGAGGGUCUGGUCCUCUACGGAAAGGGUCUGAGCGAGGCGGUCAUCCGUCUGGUGAAGUACAACUACGCGUGCAACACGUUCGGCAUUCCUCUGACGAUUCACAAGAUGAACACGAACGACACUUCUGCGGGCGUUACGGAGACUCCUGGAUCGAACAGCACCAACAACAUGGAGAUGGAGCAGUACCUGGUGGAUCAGUUCACUGUAACGGAGGCUGGCAAUUACAAGUUCUGCGUGCGGUUCGGAGACGAGUUCCUGAACUACGACUACGUGACCCUGCUGGUCGAGGAGUACUACGUGGGCAUCGAGGGCGCUUCCAGCGUGGUGUCUCUGGUGAAGGAAGACGAUCCGACAUCGAAGAACUUUACGUUCACGGGUGCCGUGAAGUACUUCAUCGACGUGGAGGUGAAGGUGAUCGAAGGCAACGACUGCUCGGUCUCGAAUGUGGAGGACGUGAUGGUGUCCAGCGUGGACGGAUCUGUGGUGACGGUGUUGGCCAACAGUGGAGUCGAGUCCGUGUUGUAUUUCUGCGUGCUCUUGGGCAGCGACUACUACCACGUGGACACGCCUCUGGAGGUGAAGGAGCUGACCACGGUGACGGUGAACGAUAUGGUGAACACGCUGAAGCUCACGGAGGGCACCUACGAAGUGUCUCUGGCGGGCUACCACGUUGGUGGCGAGGACAUGCUGCGCUUCGUGCCUGUGGAGGAGAGCUGCGACUGGGUGUCCGUGUUGACGAUGCCCGUGGGCGGCGAUCGCAAGGCGACGCUGGAGAUCACUCCGGCGCUGACGCACGACGCGUACAAGGUGUGCUACAAGUUCAGCGGCGAGCAGGAGUAUGCGGAGUAUUCCAGCAAGACGCUGAAUGUGUACCUGAUCUCCUCGAUCCAGCCUACGCAGUUCGUGGCGAACGUGUACCAGGAGACGGAGAUCAUCGGUCUGGGCCGCGAGGUGGGCGACAUGAUCUGGUUCGUGGAGUCGGAGUGCGGCGAGCCUCCAGUGGAGGCGGUGGAGGUGACGAACGUGGAGGAGAAUGUGAUGCUGAUGAUCACCAACUCGAUGGUGCACUACAUGUGCUACUGGUUCCAGUCGUUCGGCACGGUACGCGUGAACAUCGAGGUCACCGUGUUCGAUGUGACGGCCUUGAGCCACAGCGGCUGGUUGACGGCUAUUCCUCUGCCUACGACCGGCUAUGCUUCGGACAUGGAGAGCGGUCCGAUGGUGCUGACGGGAAGCUUGUUCUCGCUGAGCGACAGCGUGAAGUUCGUGAAGAGCGAGGAUGAUUCUUGCACGGGUACCUCAACGGAUCCGCUGCAGAUCACGAACAUCGAGAUCGUGGACGUGGGCCAGAAGGCGACUCUGAGCAGCAUCUUGUUCCCCGAGGCCGGAGACUACUAUUUGUGCAUCGUGCAUGGAGCGAACAGCAACGAGUACCGACGCUACGGCAAUCUGAAGGUGACGGUGGAGACGACGGCGAUCUCGGAGAGCCGCAACGACGCGGAGAUGUUCGUGUUGACGGAGGAUCCGAUCCUGGACACGUUCUCGCUGACGGAGCCUUUCCUGAAGUACGUGUCUGGAACGGUGGAGCCUGUGUGGACGGAGAGCACGUGCAUCAACUACGUGGACGUGACGGUGGAGAAGGUGAAGACGGAGGCUACGCUGGAGAUCACGUCGACAUUCACGCGCACGUACAACAGCCUGAGUCUGUGCCUGCGCCUUCCUGGCGACGUGUACGUGGCCUCGCGUAUCCGCAAGGUGUUCAAGGUGUUCACGACGAUCGAGAGCCCGUCGCCGUUCAUGUCGGAGACGCACAAGACGGUGCCUUUCACGAUUCUGGGUCAGAACCUGAAGGUGGACGACCGAGUGGCUCUGGUGCCGACGAGCAUGGAGUGCAGCGGCGUGGGAUCCGUGGGAUCCGUGGGAUCCGUGGUGCUGAACAGCGGCAGUCUGAGCAUCGAGCUGGAUACGGCCUACAGCGACUACAAGGUGUGCUAUCAGUACGCUGAGUUCGGAGAGACGAGCACCUUCUACCAGGUGGGCGAUGUGGUGCUGACGGUGUACCAGUUGACGAGCGUGAGCCCGAGCACGUUGGUGCAGGGCCAGACGCAGACGGUGACUCUGGGACUGAAGAACGACAAGGACCUGCCUGCUGGCUUCGUGGUCCGCAUUGUGGCGGCCUCGGAGAGCUGCACGAUGGCGACGGCGUCCGUGAGCGCGAUUGUGUCGAGCGACAACUCGAUGGAGAUGUCGCCCGUGGAGGACAUCACGUUCGAGAAGGAGAACAUGGUGUGCGUGAGCAGAGACGAGAACUCGCCGUUCUUCAGCUUCGAUCUCGAUGUGUCGUUCGCGAAGAUUCUGCCGACGGAGGAUCCGCUGCUGCUGCUGCGCAACUACAACAACAAGGUGCUGUUCUCGAACGAGGCCUCGGAGAUGGACAAGUUCAAGUUCGUGGAGCUGAGCGACGACUGCGCGUCGAGCUCGAGACCGGACGUGCCGUUCACGCUGGAGGAGGAGACGAAGACGAGCGUGUUCAACCUGACGCAGGGCUUCAUGGACAACAAGCUGUGCUACAACUUCUAUCAGUCGCAGGGCUACUUCGCCUACGACCAGUACAUGCUGAACAUGCUGCCUCUGGAAGGAAACCAGCUGCUGCUGAACGAGAUUGAGCAUGCCUUCCGCGUGGUGAACAAGAAUUACCAGAACCUGGUCACCUUCUUCAUGGAUGCGAUGUCCAUAUCCUACACGGACUCCGCCGCCAUCAUGGACGGAGCUUCGAGCCUGGUGGAGAAGGACCUGGCGCAGUCCGCGAAGGUGCUCUACGUGCUUCGCAUGCUGAACAUGGACUUCGAUUCGUUCGCUCGCCGCGUGGUGGGCGAGCUGACCGACAACGCCAAUGUGACGGUGUUCGUGGGCGCCUACGCGCACGAGGUGAUGAACGCGUAUGCGGCUGGCGAUUCGGAGCUUCCUCAGGCCUUGCUGGUGCUCAUGGUGAAGGAACACGACGGCAACAGCGCGAAGGUGGAGGCGAUCAUGGAAGGAUGGCGCUCGCUGGCCGAGUCGGCCGAGGGCAGCGUGGAAGGAGGAGAGACGGACUUCACGUUCAGCGAUGGAUCGGAGAUUACGCUGGUGCCGAAGCCGACUUCGCGCCGUCUGGAAGAGACGACUGGCGGCAAGGUGUCGGUGAAGAUCAACCGGUACGAGUGCGUGAUGAUCGAUACGGAUAUCACGGAGGGCAACUGCUACGAAGUGCUGAUCAACGGCACCGUGACGGGUAAGCUCAACGAGGACAUGGAGCUUGGGUACACGAAGCGUAUGGCCGGCGAUAAGUUCUGCGCUCAGAAGGCGAACAUGCUCUCGAUCGGCUGGCAGCUGUAUGACGCCGCCGCAGAGAGCGAUAGCUGCCGAUUCGAUUCGGGCAAGGCCUAUGUGGUCGGCAAGUCGUUCGGUAUCCUCACUACGUUCACGCAGCAGGAGACGAGCGUCGCUGAGAUCGACACGGGCGUUCUGACCGCUCUGCUGAUCAUGGCGAUGGUGAUCUUCGUGAUUCUGUUCAUUGGCCUGGCGUACGCGCUGUGGGUGUACGUGCAUCCUGAGGACUUGUCGAGUCUGAACAACCUCUGGAGCGACUUCGAUGAGCAGCGCAGGGAGAAUCUGCAGAGACGCCAGAGAGAGCGCAUGAAUAAAAGAGAGCAGAUGCGCCGCGAGCAGCAGGAGUACCUGGACAUGCAGAGAAUGUUGGAUGGUGAGGAGGAAGACUUCGUUGAUGUGGAUGACAACAACAACAUCAACUAUCAGAACGUGCUGAACUACCAGCCCAACGAAGAGGAGCAAGCCCCGUUCCAGAACGCGCUGCGCGGAACCAACCAGUCGUCGCAGUUGGCCCAGAUGAUCGCGGAGAGUACGCAGAUCUUCCAGGACGAUACGAUGAUGAAGGAAGAAGACAUCGGCGAGCACUAAAUAAAGCAAAGCAAGUGUGUCCGUGUUUGAAGGAAGGAAAAGAAGUUUAAGU